AUGGCUCGAGAUUCGUGGGAGCCGGAGUUGUCUACUUCGGAGAAUGGAGGUGAAAGGGUGGCUGUCAAGAUGAAGAAGGAAAUCGGAAUAUUACAGGCUGUUAGUAUAAUUUUUGGUGUGAUCGUCGGCUCUGGAAUUUUCGUAUCGCCAGUUGGUGUCCUUCGAUAUUCGAAUUCCGUCGGUCUUUCGAUGAUUAUGUGGGUUAUACCAGGAUUGUUUAGUAUUCUGGGUGCCUUGGUUUAUGCUGAACUCGGUGUACGAAUCCCCAAGUCCGGUGGUGAAUACGCAUAUAUCCUCGAAGCAUUCGGUGGCUUACCAGCCUUCAUCGUGAUGUGGAUCACAUUUGUGAUUAUCGGCGGCGUCAGUUGUGCAGCGAAUUCGAUAGUUUUUGCUGAGUACAUCCUUCAGCCUGUUUACCCAAACUGUCGCAUUCCGCCGCACGUUGUCAGUAUGAUAGCUCUUGCGGGCUUGAUGUUAAUUUGUGCAAUCAACUGCUACAAGGUAGCGUGGGCAGCUAGAGUUGCAGUUGUAUUCUCGUGCGGAAAGGUUCUCGCUCUUCUCCUCAUCAUAGGUUUCGGCGUGUACUACCUUGCAACGGGCCAUGUGGAGAGUUUUGAAAAUGCAUUCGAGGGAUCAAACACGUCGCCUGGGUUUCUGGCCCUUGCAUUUUACCAAGGCUUCUGGGCAUUUUCGGGCUGGAAUUACCUCAACUUCCUCGUAGAGGAGAUGGACAACCCGGGCAGGAAUUUGCCGUUGGCCAUUGCAAUUGGACUCUCCCUCGUAACGGCACUCUACGUGCUUACGAACAUCGCCUACCUGGCAGUUCUCAGUCCCUUUGAAAUGCUCUCAACCGGCUCGGGCUCGUCUGCCAUCGCCGUGGUCUUUGCAGAACGCGCGAUGCCGUGGAUCGCCGUGCUUAUGCCCGUAUUUGUCGGGGCGUCAGUCUUCGGAAGCAUCAACGGUGAAGCAAUGUCCAUGUCCCGGUAG